AUGUCUUUAGCAGCUACUACAAAUCGUGCUAGUGAAAUGUGGAACAAUCAUGCAGAUGUGAACGCUCAAAGUGCGCGACAACCUAAGCAUAACGGCUAUAAACAAUACCCUACGAUGCCGUCCGAGUACUAUAACUAUCAACCUAACUUUUAUCCUCAAAACUGUGAAUAUUCUAAUGUGAUUAGUGGUGGUUACGGCAAAAUGUAUGAUCAACAAAGUGCUGGUGUUGUGAAAUCAGAACCUACGGCUUGGCAAGGUUACAACAAUACAAACUACUUUGCUGGAAACCAUUCUAAUAUGGAAAUGAUCAACCGAUGGAGGGAAAUGAGUUACUACGCACAGCAACAACAGGAAAACUAUGGGUAUGAACAGAGAGUAAAUCACAAUACUAUCGAUAACGCUGAAGACGUGAGACUAAUUAAUUCACCCGGUCAGACUAGUAUUCCUGACACUAAUUACGGCUCACCACAAAGUACAUCAAGUAACUUCAAAUCACCAACCCCUGAAGCUGAAGAUUCUCCAAACCUUAGAGCUUUAUUGACGAAACCCAAGCGCAAGAACCCGUCGCCUUAUUUCGUGAAAUCUGACAAGGCGUAUACGCAGGACAUGUUACAGCGGAUGAUGUUUAACACAGAAGAGGUUAGUGAUUGGGAAAAAAACAAUGAGAGUGUAGAGAAGGAAUGCAAUUUGUCGCAAUUUCAUGGUGGAUUUGAAAGCGUUGAGGGUCAAACGUCAAUCAAGAAAGAUGCAGUGGGUGGGGCGGCGGAAGGCGCACAGUCAUCACAGGACUCUGCGGAUCCCUGUCAGGACGUGACGAGGGUUGAGGCAGGCGGGGACAAUGCGGAUUACGCAGAUAACAAAAUGGCCGCUGCGCAGGAUGUGCAAGCGUAUUAUCCAUGGAUGAAGAGUGUUGGUGGCGACGACAAAAAGGAAGGAUCCAAACGAACAAGGCAAACAUACACCAGGUUCCAAACUCUAGAAUUGGAAAAAGAGUUCCAUUUCAACAAAUACCUAUCAAGAAGAAGAAGAAUCGAAGUUUCACAUGCUUUAGGAUUGACAGAGCGACAGAUUAAAAUCUGGUUCCAAAAUAGAAGAAUGAAAGCUAAGAAAGAUGGCAAAUUAACUACAUCACCGGACCCGUAUGGUGUAGAUGUCGAUUUAAGUGCAACGAAGCUGAGUAAUAUGCCUGAGUACUUGGACACAAGGCAGAGAAUGCCGGCUUUAGGCGAAUACCCAAACUAUCAUAUGAAUCCUGCGCAGACGAAUAUGCCUCCUCACGUACCAGGAUCAAUUCCUCACAAUUACAUGAUGCCACCUUAUGAAGGCAUCAAAAUGUGA